CUUAUUUGGGAAGUACCAUCAGCCCCAACGGGUUGAUGUCUGACGAAAUCUCAGCAAGAAUACAAGGGGCUCGUUUCGCAUUUGUUAGUUUACGCCGACUUUGGCGUAGACGAGAUGUUCGACUAUCGACCAAAGGGCGGGUGUACUGCUCAUCAGUCCGCUCCGUCCUCCUUUAUGGUUGUGAGACCUGGUCACAGAGUGGAAGACAUGAAAAGACGAGCUGUCCUUGAUCAUAGGUGCCUGCGUUCUAUUUCCCGUGUAAAGUGGCAUAAUAAGGUGAGCAACAUGGAGGUUAGGCGUAGAGUUCUAGGUAAACAGGGGAAAUCAAUCGACGAAGUCGUGAAGCUACAAAGACUGAGAUGGUUAGGACAUGUGUUACGUAUGCCAAACCAUCGCCUCCCUCGACGAGCAAUGUUAGCGGACAUAGGGUCAGGCUGGAAAAAAGCUAGCGGCGGUCAAACAAAAACUUGGCAUCAGUCAAUGAAAUCCACAACAGUUGGUCUAAGCCAUGUAGAAAGGUGUAGACUUCCAGGCUGGGGUCCUCGGGACGGUAAAAAUCUAAAGUUGGAAACAAUUGGUGACAUGGCUCAAAACCGUUCUCAGUGGCGCAGAUGCAUCCACUCCCUGUGACUUAUGAUCUUCAAUGAAACUGUUUUGUAUUUCUUUAUUACUCCUUUGUCUCACACCUCUGCUCACUGUUUCUAUUAUGCUUUUCUUGCACUUUCUUCUCUUGCUUCGCGUGCUACACGGAAUGUGGCGACUUGAACUGCCGCACAUUUGUGCAAAGUUCUAUGUCGAAAACAGACAGACAGACAGUCACUAACCAUCAUCAUUGGGAGAAAUUUGUUGGGGAUCGUCUCACCUUUUCUGGCUAGGUAGCAUCGUU